AGAACGUCAACUACAUGUCAACUCAAAUCUCAAUUGUAAUAUUAUAUAAAUAAAACAGUAUAUUUUAAUGUGUUUGUAUCCUGGUUACCAGGAUGGCGAUGGACCAGGAAGUUGAUGUUAAAUUAUUUAUUACAUGCCGGUUGUGCUUAGAUGAACCUGGAUCAUAUCAAAUUGUCCCUUGCAUUAAGGGGCAAAUAUACUACUGCUUUGGAAUAGAGGUGGAUCCAUUUGAUGGAUUACCUCAGUUGAUUUGCAAAAAGUGCAAGGGUAUGUUGGCUGAUUAUUAUACUACAAAGAAUUUGUUUGUGGAGAAGCAAAAGCAGCUACAUGACAAGUUGCCUCAAAAUGACAAAGAUGCAAAGUCGUCGACACCUCCAAAAACUGAAAGUGUUCCGAAAGAAUCGUCAGCUACAGUAGAAGUGGCCCCUGCAGGCGCGCCGGUGAAACCAGCGGCUGCAGUUCCAGGGGUCGCAGCUAAAGUUGCUCGCCAUGACACUCGAAGAAAAAAGACUUCAUGGAAAAAAGCAUUUAACAAACAUUUUGUUUGUAUAAUUUGCAGUAAAAGUUUUUUAACGGCAGAAUCCAUUAAAAAACAUUCCUCGACGCACAAACGAUUUAUUAAUAAACAUGAAAAAGUAUUUAAAAAGUAUUUGACUGUGCGCUUGAAUAAAAUAGACAAAGAGAAAAAUAGCACUGGUGGUUUACAAAAUGUAGUUGUCAGUAAAAAUAAGAUAAUUGAACGGCUCAAUAGUCAGUAUCACCACUCAUUUUAUUUGAAGAAGGAAUUUGAGGAAGGAAGGACAGACACUGUAGACAGACUUAAGAAUGGAACUGAUGAAAAUGAGAAUGUGGCAGCUAAGAGGCUCCGGGUGUCUUCAGACUCUAGUGAUGACCAAAUUAUUAAAGGUAAGAAAAGAAAAACUGGUCGUCUUGAAUCCAUAAGUUCCACGCAGACUGUUAUACUGGAAGAAACCAAUGAUGCCACCAACGCAGCGAACACGGACGACCAAAGCAACACUAACGAAACGGAGAUCGUUAACCCUGAUUAUAUUAACCUGGACGAUACGUCUUCCGACUGUCCCAAAAAUAAUACAGAAUUAGAAAAAAAGAGAAUAAUGCCAAAACGGCGGCAAGUUAAGGCGGAAGUUGCUGAUUACAAAGCAAUCCAAAAUAUUGUGACAAUGUGCCACAAAAAUUACAUUAAGAAAGUUCAGGCAGACACUGAUUUGACUAAAUCUACAUUUUCUGAAUCUUCACUCAAACACAAAGUUUUAAGCUUAGGUAGAAAAGUAUUAAAUAAACAGGGAUUUGCUUGUACCGGCCUAUUAAGAUAUAUGGAACAUAAAGAUUUAGAUAUUACAUGGACACCUACUACUAAUGACAUGCAGCAAAAAGGUUCUAAUUUUGUGAGAAUUAUGACAAAAUUAAAAUCACGCGAAGAUUCAGAAAAUGAUGAUGCGUGCUGGAAAAAUUUGCACGACAUUUCAUUUUGUAGAGAUACCGGUGUGGAGGUCGUGUUAGCUACCGUCCCCGAUGUCAGAAGUGACGAUCAGGCAUCACUUCAAUCUGCCCAAACUGACGAAGAUCCAUCGUUUGCCGGCGCUCCCAGUGAGACAAACGACUCAAACUAUAGAAAUAAAUUGUUAAAUAAAACUCCCGUUGCCAACCCGCGGCAACUGCCUAAAAAAAAUAAUGUGUCUGAAACUAAACUCGUUGUCGCAACUGAUGAUGCAGCCAUGAUGCCAUCAAACUUAAUUAGCAAUUGCUUAGAAGACGCGCAGGUUGAUGACGAUAAUAUGUGCUUGCCAAUUAUAACGUCAACUACAUCAUUGUCUGUAAAUGUUAGUGAAAAAGAAAAACAAGAAGUUUCCGUCUUGGAAAAACCAGCACCUCGUAUCAAAGUGAAACCUGCGUCAGAGUUGAUGACGGCGAGAGCUUUAAACAACCAGGAAACAGAAAAGGAAAUCUGGACGUUUAAUAAGAUCCAAAGUAGUUUACCUCAUCAUUUAACAAACACAGCCGUUACGGUUCACGCGCCGAUGACCAACUCACACAUGCUUGCGUCAAAUAAUCACACGGAUGAGCAGCGACGACAAAAUGCAUGCAUAUUAUUAGAUAGCCUUCAGUUCCCUAAUACCAAAACAUCGGCGCCAUUCCAGUAUUUUAGAAAAGUCCUGCUCGUCCACGGCUUACAGUUAUUGGAUUUGAAUGAACAUUUACCUGAACAUUUUAACUGUCUCAUCAAGUUUAGGCUAAAGCUUAAACAAAACACUAAAAGGCCUAUCGAGGUCCUGUUGUCUUUGCAUUGCUCAAAAGAUUAUUUUUGUUUUUCUUUUAAAGACACUAAUUCUAAAAUUUUUGAUCCCAAUCAGUUAUCCGCAUUUUGGCAAUGGGAGUUAUUGAAAAUAUACAAAACCGAUGUCACCGAGAAAAUUUUGGAGAAUGCUAUGAAAGUAGGUAAAGAAGUACAUGAAUAUACGAAUCUUUUCUUAAGUUUACUUAAAUCUAUAAAUUUAAUUAAGGAAGCGUAGCGCUACCAAUGAAUACUCACUUGUGAAUGAGCUCGAUUUUCUAUUAGUCCCUAGUUGAUUUAGACUGAUAAGCAGUAAAGAUAUUAAUUAGAGUAUCUAUCAAUGAAUAGUUAGUGCCGGUUUCGGCGACAAAGUGAUC